AUAGUCGGAAAAGUGAGUGAAAACUUUGAUUGAAAUAUAACAAUUUACAGUUUGUAAAUUAACUUUUAACUGUUUUCAUGUCUUUCGACUUCGCAUCUUUGAACUGGAAACGCUCAUCUAAUUGCUUAAUGAGACAAAAGUAUUGAUAUAUGUUGCUGUUUAAUCAAACACUUAGGAUAAAUAGUUAUAUCCUUAAAUUAGAAGUGAUCAAUGGUUAUCAUCAAAAGUGUACCUUAAUAGUUGUCUUAAAUGUAAAUACUUUGUUCAAUUCUUGAGAUUAUUGACAUCAUCAAGACGAGUGAUUUGAUCAUUUCAAACAAUCAUUGUCAUCUUUUAACCACUUGAUCAGUAAACUCACCGAAUUCAUUAGAUAUUUAAUUCUCUUGACUGUCACGUAACCUUUUCCGAUUGAUUAAAUGAAAUUGCAUUCUUAAAUAAUUAAACUGUCAGACUAUGUAUUUUAAAAUAUCUAACGGUUCAUUUUGUGGCUUAAAAUAGCAAGCUGGACAACUGUUGAUUCUGCUUCAUAUUUCAGGAUUUGUCGAUUCUUUACUCUUCUUUUCCUGUUGUCUUUGAAUAGAUUUGUAUUUCCAAUUAUGUAUCCGAUUCCUAAUUGAUUUUAAAAUGCACCAGGAAACUUGAAUUUAAUUUUGUCUCUUGGUUUCAGAGUCUUGGGUAAUCUAUCAAAGACAAAUGUCCAAACUCAUUUGCAUUGCUCCUAAAAUAAAAGAUUUGUUUGUAUAUAAGGUGAUUCAGAUCAGGAAAUCAGUUGGUUAAUUUUGUUCAACCAUGUUAGACUCGCAUCGAUCUUUACGUGAAAUAUAAGCAUAGCUUAACCAAGUAUUGUCAACAGCUUCAACUUUACAACCAAAUUAGUAAUCAAAAUGGCGAUCAUCUCCUUUUUAUUGAUUGUUUUGUUGAUUAUGGUACUAUUUUGGCUUUUUCAUCGGUUUACAUUCUGGAGUCGCCAAGGAGUUCCCCAUGAGUCACUAAUCAAAUCUGCUUACACUCGCUAUACUAGGCCACUCCAUAUCGCUGACAGAGAUACUUAUACAAAAUUAGGACGUGUUUUUGGACUCUUUGAAGGUUUCCGUCCAUGUUUAAUGAUUGGUGAACCUGAGUACAUUAGAAAGGUUUUAGUCCAAGAAUUUGAUAAAUUUCCAAACCAUAGAAUUUUUUAUGAUGGUGACCAAAUCUCAGGAAAAAGCUUAGUUGCGCUGGAAAACGAUGAAUGGAAAUGCGUCCGUAAAAUAAUGACAUCUUUAUUUAGCACUGGCAAUCUUAAAAAGAUGAAACCCUCGAUUGAUAGAUGUACUUCCAGUUUGAUUGAAAAACUCCGAAAGCAAAUCGAGAUAAGUUCAACGGUUGAUAUGAAAAAAAUGAUGGGAGCUUACUCAUUGGAUGUUUUGGCAUCCACCGCAUUUGGCAUUGAAUGUCUUGACAGUGAUAAAACAAAUGAUGUUGCUACGAUUGUUUCAGAUUUUUUUGGCCAUCAUAUAUCAAUCAAGUCCAUUAUCCUUCUAUGGUUUCCCUUUUUAAUCAAACACUUGAAUCUCUAUGUUUUCCAGUACGAGAUUCUAACCUAUUUGAAAUCAAUCGUUCAAAAGAUCUUUGAUCGUUCCAGGUUGCUAAAAAGCCAAACCAAUUCAAAUGAAAAUCAGGUUGAUUCGGUGAAUAAAAAUUUUGUCACAUUGCUUGAUGAGGCACAAAUUAAAAUAAAAGACAAGGAACUCGACAAUGAAACAAAAGAAAAAUUCGUAAUCGACAAUGGAGUUUUGUUGGUAAUUGCUGGUUAUGAUACAACCGCAACUACUUUGAGUUUAAUUAUCUACUGUUUGGCAAUAUUUCCUGAACACCAACAAAAGAUUGUUGAUGAACUUGAAUCUCUUUACCUACAAUUGGAAAGAACAGAGCUUACCAUUGAAGAAAUCAACUCUCUUGAUUAUUUAAAUGCUGUUAUUCAUGAAGUUCAACGUUAUUUCCCAGUUGUUCCAAGGAUCGAGAGGAGAGCCGGUCGCGAUUGUACACUGGGAACAAUUAAAUUACUAAAAGAUAGUUUAGUGGCCAUUCCAAGUUAUGCAAUAAAUCAUGAUCCCAGCUUUUUCAAAAACCCUGACCAGUUUGAUCCAACACGAUUUUUGAACAAUAACAGCGAACAGCAGACAAUCAUUCCAGACGUAUUUUUACCUUUUGCUGCUGGACCUAGGAGUUGUAUUGGAAAGAGGUUGGCUAUGCUUGAGAUCAAAAUCUGUUUGAUUUCGUUGUUGACUCAUUAUCGAUUUAGUGUUUCUUUGGAAACCAAGAUUCCUUUAGACUAUCACAUAGGACAGCCUGUUUCUAGUCCGAAAGAUGUAAAAGUGAUUGUAACUCCAAGAACAAGACUUCUUAAACAAGGCUAAUUGUAAGAGGUUAUCAACAAAUUUCUCGAGUCAAUGAUCAAUUAUUAUGGAAUGACUCUUCAUCUUGAAUCUCAAAGUUCAUAGUUUAUUUAGCGAACCAGAAAACAAUAAAACAAAAAUAGCAAAAACUAUGCGAUAAAGAUGAAACAAGUAGUUGAUUUACUAAACACUAUUAAUGUUAGAAUCGAGAGGAGAGCCAGUGGCUAUUGUACAAUAGGCACAAUCAAAUUACUAAAAGAUAGUUUAGUUGCCAUUCCAAGUUAUGCAAUUCAGUUUACUGAUAAUUGUUAACGUAUUUACGCGAUUAAAACAUGUUUCGUUUAUGUGUCAUCAAACUUAAUGAUCAACAUGAAGAGUGAUCGGAAGUGUACUUUUGAUUUAGAUAACCUCAUUUAAGUUCAGUUGGUCAUCAGUAAUGGAUUUCAUUUUUUAUUGAACUUUCACUUGAAACAUUUUUGAUUUCAUGUGAAGUUUUGUGCAAAAGCAUACGAGAAUUAAAUUAACAAUUUUAACACUUAUACUUUAACUUUUAACAAUUAGGAAUGAAAAGCCUAAUCGGUGAUCACAGUUAUUUAUAAUUUAUCACAUCGCAAAUAUUAUUAUUCUUCACUCUUUGUUUCAAUGUUAAUGAUUUAAAACAUGACAAUUGACUUAUUGAUAAAGAAAUCUUAAUUCAGCAUCAAUAACAAUUUUCAAAAUUAGCGUGCUGAAGUGAGUUGUCAAUUCAUAAUUGUACUCAAAACCCUUUAAAUAUAGUCAAAUUGUCAUGAUUCAAAAUUAAAGUGAAUUCUCCAAAUAA